UUCCCUCAUUGAUUUGCUGAAUAAAGAUCCCUCGGUUCAAUCACAAAGUAGGUCAACUCGGCUAGUGUACAACGUCGAAACACAUCUUCUGCACUUCAGUCAGGAAACAUUUGUCUUCGUUUGCUGUGCUUGUGGAUAACGAAUGUCAUUUUCUCCAGUGAAAAUAUCAUGUUGCUAUAACAGCAUUAUAUGUGUGUGUGUGACUUCAAAGCAAGAGAAGAACAAGUAUUGAUGUUUCGUGAGCAUCAGACCCUUAUGAAUGGUGGAGUCUGGACCAAGCUAUGGUACCGCUGAAACCUCAGCGUAGACUCUACUAUCUUCAUGUUGCCUUACCUUUCCAUGACAGAGCACAGUGAAACAGGAAAAUGUGCAUUUAAUUAUCGGCUUUUCUUGUUGGAAACUUUACAUUGGAAAGUGAAAUCCUGCAAUCAAUGGUUGGAUGACUACUCAACUCACAUGCUUGCAAAUCAAGUCUGACUUUGCCAAUAACUGAAUGAAUGAUAUGUCGAUAAAAGCCCUCUCUUACCAUUUAUGGAAAAUCCAUGACCAUUCAAGUUUGUAGAAUACACUGAGGCUACAAUUGAUGGCGCUGGUAGGAUGGGAAGGCAACUGGAAGCUACGAUUGAUUGACUCAACGUCCAAACAUACAAUUUUCACAGUGUGCUCUCUUCUGUGAACUGUCAGCCUAGCAUGGGAAGCAUACCUAGAACUCUAGCCUUCAAGAACUGGAGAAAUAUCCAUGUCUGGGGGCAUUCCUAAAGGACCAGUGAUCAUCCUCAAGUUAAAUUUAGGAUCACUUUUAAUGCUCUUGCUCCCAAACUGAGCAUUACAGGCAUAUCAAGACUGUCUUUUGCACAUGUGAUAUUUGCCGCCAAUUGAACAAGACAAUCGUCUUUUGCCGGGCUGUGUGCAGUUGACAUUUCUUCACUGUCCUCAGUAUUAGCUGGCCAUAAUCUACUCCUGUUACAUAGACUAGUUCAGUAAGGGUAGGUGUGGACUGAUAUUUCAUAACGACUUUGUGUGGGACUAGCAAGCAUUCAACCUGUGGAAAUAUAACUGGAAUCACCUCCUUCGACAAUCACAGUCUUCUAAAACCUGUGACGAUCAUUGGUUCAGAAAUUGUACAAUAACUGUACUGAAAUUUUACAAAAAAUCGUAAAGAAAUCGUACAGCACAGGGACACACAACAAAACGUCUGGUCACCAACCGUCUGACCUACCUGCAAUCCUGCUGAAAACAGACGUCUGCUUCCGAGUUCUGGGGCUUGACAUACGUAGACAAUGAUGACAUGACUGCUGACUCGCUCACUGGUGCUGUCAUCUAAAAUACUGCAAAUGAUUAAUGUUGGUUACUUGCAGCAACAGAAGCUACAUCACGUCCACAACAGGAUUGCAUUCUUGCCUAAUUGACAGUAUCAUCACAGCUGAUCUAUUUCAAUAUCUGAUAUUUGAAGGGAUAACAGACUGACUUGUAAUCUGGUGACAAAAUAAUAUCCUUUUUUUUUGUGCCAUCAUAUUUAAGUGUCAUGUGAUGACCGGGAUACAAGACUCUCCAUUUUAUGCGGUCGUUCGGUUGGCGAACAUUAUUUGACGUUAGAGUUGAGGCUGCCAGUUUGAAGUAGCAGGUUCCAGUAACUAAGAAGAGGAUCAAUUAGACAGACUGCUGGAGACAGACACCAAUCCGUUUUGGACACUUUCCAACUCACAAAAUCACAGUAACUUUUUCAAGGAGAGGGGCAACCGGCUAAUACUGCAACUAUGAGUAGUGCAGCCAAAAAGUCCAUUCUGGUACCAAAGGACCGUUCAGUUCGUCUCCGCGUGAUGCCGGAACAGAGCAAUGACUACCGAGUGGUUGUCUUCGGAGCAGGAGGUGUCGGCAAGAGUUCACUUGUGCUGCGAUUCGUUCGAGGAACCUUCCGUGAAAGUUACAUUCCAACAAUUGAGGACACUUACCGCCAAGUUAUCAGUUGUAACAAGCAAGUGUGCACAUUACAAAUCACCGACACAACUGGCAGCCACCAGUUCCCUGCCAUGCAAAGGUUAUCCAUUUCAAAAGGACACGCUUUCAUUCUAGUGUACUCCAUCACAAGUCGACAAUCGCUAGAAGAACUUAAACCCAUAUUUGAAGAAAUCAUUCAAAUAAAAGGUGACACUGAAAGCAUACCCAUAAUGCUUGUGGGGAACAAAUGUGAUGAGACAAAUCGUGAGGUAGCACUUUCCGAGGGAGCGGAGUUGGCAAAACGAUGGAACUGCGCAUUUCUUGAAACAUCGGCAAAAACAAACUAUAAUGUUAAAGAACUAUUUCAAGAACUUCUCCAGCUUGAGAAGCGUCGGACAAUGAGUCUUCAGCUUGAAACAAAGAAAUCUAAAUCUCAAAAGCGAAAAGAAAAAUUGAAGGGGAAGUGUAUGUUGAUGUGAAUGUGUAUUGUGACCUUGAGGUAUUAUUGAGCACUGACCUUGAGCUCUUUCAGAAAAGAUGGCACCAACGUUCUUGUACAACUCAUAGGCUUUAAUCAUUCUGUGGCAUGAUGGAAUUUGAUAUUCCAGGAACAUUGGAAUCUUCAGUUACCAUUCUGUAGAUUGUGGAAUUCAAUUCAGCAUCAACUUUGUCAUGUAAAAACAACUUUGCAGCAAUAUUGGUGUUACUUGUUGGCAUUGAAGAGGAAUCCAUUUAGAAAUGUUUACAAGAGAAUGUUUGAAUGGAUUCCAAAUAUUGAUAUUACAUUGGACUACUCAAACCUACUCUGAUGGACUAAAGCUUUUCUUGUGUACAUUCGAUGUGCAUCUAUCCCAUCUUUUCUGAAAGUUCCUUUUAUCCAAUAUUUCCGAUCAUGUGUCCGAGAGACUUCAGUUGUAACGACUUUUCUUCAACUGCCAGGACAACCUUGAAUGGUUCAACUUCUUCAAGGAAAUUGCUCUAGAACUGUUCACAGAUGUGAAAACACUCAUGAUCACAUCUCCAAAACACAUCCAAAGAACAUGAUGCUAUUGGAAGGGAAACUAAUUACAUGUUCUCAAAGUGCUUUAAAAUGUUCUUACCAAUCUUCUUUCUCUUGUUUGAUUUGAUUUUAUCGAUGUGAAAAGUUCUUCAACAUCUGUUUGAAGGAAUACAUUAAUGCACAGCAAUCAUGUAUAAUAUGAAGACUGCAUAUAGCAUUAAGCUACACACAUCUGCCAAUAGUAUUGGUAGGCUGGAUUUAGAAAGUUGCAACCAAAACUUUGCAUGAAGAUUGUGCAUGUAUGGAAUCAACUUGUUGGAGCUUGUAAACAGAUGUUGCCGAAAAGACAUUGUCAUGUUGAUUGUUAAUUACAAAAAUUGUUACCUUUGAAUGACCUUCUGCCCUUUUUGACCUUUGUCACCUUCUGACCUUUAUCACGUAAUGACCUUCAACUUUCCAUUUCUUAGUCCAGGGCAUGUGAUGUUUCUUCUACACACAGUACAGUAGUAUUGGAGAGCUUGUACUUUGUAUUACCCAUACUGCAGGCUCAUUACAAUCACUAUUGACAACAUUUAUGAUUGACACCAGGGCCUAGAUUUUCAAAGCUCUCUUAGAGCUAAGAUAGUCGUAAGUGUCAUACAUUAACAUUAGCUUACGACUAUCUUAGCGCUAAGAGAGCUUCGAAAAUAUAGGCCCAGUUCUUCAGCCAUUCUGCAUGAGUUGGUUCUAGAGUUUCUAAAUUCAGCUUAACAAUGCUCUUCACAGUUUAGGCUUUGGUAUCAUGCACAUCCCAGGAAGUCUGACCACAAGAUAAGGCCACAGGAAAACAAUUAUUUGUAAUUUUUCCAAUUGUUUUCAAAUUCAUUUUAAUUUUUAUUAGAUUUUAAAAGCCAUAGAAGACUGUUUCGAGAUUGAAAAUAAACAAAUUCACUGCACUAACGUAAGGAUCUCAUGAAAUGAUAUGAGCAAAUCAUAAUGAUUAUUUUUCAAACUUGACCUGUAGCUAAGCCUUAGCAGACAUCUAAAAUUAGCCCAACAUGAUUUACAGGCAAUGUUAGAUACAUCGAGUAAAGAAGUACGUGGGUAAAGAGGCAUUUGAGCAAUAACUCAAGGAACAAAAUAUCCUAUGGUUGUGACCUGUCAUUCCUAAGGUGUUGCAUAUGCUUUGCAUAUAUUAAAGAAUAGAAGUAUUUCCCCAGUGUCCAUAACUUUCACAUUUUAAAAGCUGAAGACUUAGUAAUAUAAACUGUUGCAUGGUAUUGUUAGUUUUUACUUUAAAUGUUUAUUGAAACUGUUUGAAAAUAUUUGGCAACUGAAUUAAUAAGUUGCAAGUCUCACGCAAAAACAAGUACCACUGUACAUGUUGGCAAUGUGUGCAGUUGGACGUUAGUUACUGGCCUUGCAAUGAGUUAAAGUGUUUCAUGAGUAUCUAUUGUUGGAAGAUAAGAGCUAUGGUUUAAUAUUAUUGCCUUUAUUAAAUUUAUUUAUUAAGUUGUC